AUGGCACGUUUUGAAGCUCUUUAUGGAUGUCCCUGUAGAUCACCGGUGUGUUGGAUAGAAGUUGGAGACUUGCCUAUGCUUGGGCUCGAGUUAGUUCAUGUGACAACUGAAAAUGUAGCCCUUAUUCGACGAAGAUUAGUCACGGCUCAAAGCCGACAAAAAAGCUAUGCGAUUGUCGUCGAAGGCCUUUGUCUUUCCAAGUUGGACAUCAUUGUUCUUGAAGAUCUUUCCGAAGAAGGGAUAAUGAGAUUUGGCAAGAGUGAAAAAUUAUCUCCUCGAUUUAUUAGCCCCUUUGACAUUAUUGAGCGAAUUGGAGAAGUUGCAUAUCGUCUUGCCUUACCGCCACAACUCUCUAGAGUCUAUAAUGUGUUUCAUGUGUCUAUGCUUUGCAAGUAUGAACCAGAUCCCUCUCACGUGUUAGAUUGGAUGGAGAUUAAAGUGGAUGAAGAUGUGUCUUAUGAAGAAAGACCAAUCCAAAUUUUAGAUACACGGGAGCAAGUGUUAAGGGGUAAGAUAAUUCCGUUAGUUAAAGUAUUGUGCCUCCAUCACGGUGUUGAAAAAGCAACAUAG